AUGACCACCGCCAAAGCGCGGGGCAAGCUCCCCGAGACCAUCGACCUGACCCAGCCGCCUUCGGCUUUCAAGCCGUAUACAGGUGCUAAGAAGCUGGUGAUUAAAAACCUGCGGGCGCCGACGAGUCGAGAAACACAGGUUGCCGAGUACUACAAACGGACGGAGAAGGAGCUUGAAGAUGCUCUGGUGGCAAUCUUUGACGGGAGGACACCUGGUGUUCCUCUCGAGAGAUUGUACAGAGGUGUUGAGGAUGUGUGUCGAAAGGGAGAUCCAGCAAAAGUGUACCAAAUGCUCAAGGAGAGAGUUGAGGUGCACUUGCAGCGGAUUGUGCUACCAAGGAUUCAGAAGAGCGGGCGUUCUUCCAAUCUCGAGACUCUGAAGAGUGUCCUCGCAGAGUGGAAGACAUGGAAUAAACAAACAAUAUUAAUUCGAUCUACGUUCAGCUUUCUCGACCGAACAUAUCUAUUACGGGAGAACCUCUCAUCAAUAAACGACAUGGCUAUUAAGCAAUUUCAAAAGAUGGCAUUCCCCUCCCAAGUACACGCCUACCAAAACUCUGUCGGAGUAAAACUGGUCGCUGGCAUUUGUGAGUUAAUCGAGAACGAUCGGAGAGGAAACAACCAAACCGAGCCUGCUUUACUCAAAAAUUCCAUCAUGAUGCUGUACGUCCUGAGCGUUUACGUCAAAUACUUUGAGCCUUUCUUCCUGGAACAGUCUGAAAGAUAUUUCAAGGAGUUCGGCGAGGCUUGGAGUACUUCAAGCCUUAAGGACUACAUUCUGGUCUGUGAGAAGCUCCUGAAGAAGGAAGACUACCGCUGCAUCCAGUUCAAUCUCGACAGCACCACGGAGAAGCAACUUAUGGAUUCUGCCCACUCGCAUCUCAUUGGCAAUUAUUCGGAGAAGCUUCUUAAUGGUGGCAACUUGGCGAAACUUUUGUCAGAUAGGGAAGUCGAGUCAAUGAAAGCUUUAUACGACUUGCUUCGGUUGUCUGGCAUUCAGAAGAAGAUGAAGGCUCCAUGGGGCGAAUACAUUAGAGCGACAGGAGCAGCUAUUGUUAGUGACAAGGACAAAGGCGAUGAAAUGGUACUGCGCCUUCUGGAGCUUCGACGUUCGCUCGACCUCAUGAUUCGAGACGCUUUCCACAAGGAUGAAGAUUUCCUUUGGGGUAUGAGAGAAUCAUUUGGGAAAUUUAUGAACGAUAGUAAAGUUGCCAAAUGUUGGGAAACAGGUACAGCCAAGAUUGGUGAGAUGAUCGCCAAAUACAUCGACAUGCUUCUGCGGGGCGGUUUGAAGACAUUGCCAAAGGAGCUUUUGUCUGAUGUGAAGGAUCGAGCGGCAGCAGAAAAAGAGGGACAGGCUAGCACAGGUGACGAGGAUGCCGAGCUCGACAGGCAACUCGACCAAGCGCUUGAGCUGUUCCGUUUCAUCGAGGGCAAAGAUGCUUUCGAGGCCUUUUACAAGAAAGAUCUUGCGCGGAGGUUGCUUAUGGGUCGGAGCGCAAGCCAGGACGCUGAGCGAAAUAUGCUUACGAAACUUCGAGGGGAGUGCGGCGCUAACUUUACGCAAAACUUGGAGCAAAUGUUCAAGGACCAAGAACUUGCCAAGGAUGAGAUGGAGACUUACAAGCAAUGGUGCCAAGGUAGCGCUGAGCGCAAGACUCCUAUCGACCUUUCGGUCAUGAUUCUUUCAGCUGCAGCGUGGCCAACGUACCCUGAUGUUCGCCUUAACCUCCCCGACGAGGUUGCUACGCAGAUUGAGAGGUUCGAUCAGUUCUAUAAGAACAAGCAUACAGGCCGAGUUCUCACAUGGAAACACUCGCUGGCUCACUGUUCCAUCAAGGGAAGCUUCGCCAAGGGCUCCAAGGAGCUUCUUGUAUCUGCCUACCAGGCUGUGGUUCUCAUGAUGUUCAAUAGCGUUCCAGCGGAUGGCUUCCUAGCCUAUGAACAAAUCGCUACAGGAACUGGUCUUCAGGGUGGCGACCUCGACCGCACGUUACAGUCACUUGCUUGUGGUAAAUCGCGAGUGCUUACGAAGCACCCGAAGGGUCGCGAAGUUAAGCCUACGGACACGUUUACAUUUAACAAAACGUUUACGGAUCCGAAGUACAGAGUCAAGAUCAAUCAGAUUCAGCUCAAGGAGACCAAGGCUGAGAAUAAGGCAACGCACGAGAGGAUUGUUCAAGAUCGACGCUUUGAGACGCAGGCCGCCAUCGUCAGAAUAAUGAAGAGCCGUAAGAGCAUGGGUCAUUCGGAUCUGGUAGCGGAAGUUAUCAACUUGACCAAGAAGAGAGGUAUGGUUGACACGUCAGCGAUUAAGAAGGAGAUUGAAAGUCUUAUUGAGAAGGAUUAUAUCGAAAGAGAGGGCAACGCAUAUGUGUACCUGGCGUAA